UAUUAUUAUUGAAUGACCAGAUGUUUUGUUUAAGCAAGUUUGGGUAAAUCAUUCACUGACGACAGAACCAGGAUGUGUGUGCUCUACAUUCCAAAAACAAUCCUAAACCUUUGAGAACACACAUACAUUUUGAAGAGCUGCUCGCAAGCCUAUUUUGUGAUCCUAAAACUUCAUUUGGGGAUUUUCAGUGAGACUCAACAAUGGGUAGAGCGACAACAGGGAUUCUUUGGUUGAUGCUAACUCUGGGAGUCGUCACAGCUCAAAUAGGUAAGGUGGAUCGGACACUGCCCCAGUGGCUGACAGGCAUCAUAGCUGUGGGUGUGUUUCUCUUCCUCAUCUUCGUGGCGUUUCUGGUCAACAAGGCCUGGUGUCAGGACUCAAGGCUGGAGACCAAAGAAUGUGAGUGUGUGGAGACCACUGGCUAUGCCAAGACCAACAGAGACAACUAUAAUACCAGUCUGGAUACAGUCAGGAAUGGAGAUGACGAGGGUGCAUAUGAGAACAUGGCCCUUGAAAGUGUGGAGGACAAAGCCACUGCCAUGUGACCGAUAAGAACCCAUACAAGACACCAAUGUGUAUGGGUUUGUCGUGGACACACACACGGGCCUAAAGUGUGAUUCAACGCUUAAUAGACCUGAAAAAUAAAAUAAAAAAGGGAAAUUCUCAUAACAAUGGAAGCAACUGAAAUAUUUGCUAUCAGUGUAUGAAUGAGACGUGGUGGUACAAGGGAAUAAAUUCACUUCGAGAUCAGAGGUAGGACAUGGUGGAAAUGAUUGUGCUCCCCUUGUAUUUAAUAAAACAUCAUCAAACAAUUAGUCAGAAUUCACAAAAUGCAUCAGUGUAUGACCACAGUCAGUAAGGCUAAACAUAUUUUAAAAGAUGAGACUUGCAUUUGUGAUCAUAGACAAUAUAUUUUUCUAUAGAUAUACUGUGUAGCCACACGUCAUUACAGCAGAGUUUGUCACACAUCGAUAUAUAGGAAGGGUGGAUUGUUUCUUUGGAUUUGAAAAUGCGUUCCGUCGAUCAAUGACGUGAAGAAAGACGUUUUCUGUGGUGCUUCGGACGAGCGCUCAGUUCAAUGGCAAUAUAGACGGAACUAUUGGGCGUGACGGAAUCAUCAUUAGUCCAACUUCUGACGAACACGUGCACGUGUAAAAACACUCACAGCCUAUUGCCGAUUGACACGCAUAGGACAAAGUCAGACAAAAUCUAAAAGUCUAGAGUAGAUGGAGAGAUCACAGCAUGAGAGAGGAAAAGAAAUAGGUAGCAGUGAGUUUAAAAUUAAUCUCUUUAAAGGGAUCGGCAUUAAGACUUAUAGAAAUAGGCUCUCACAGAAAUAAGACUGAUGUAUGAUGAACACACACACACAUAACAAUCUACUCUAGCACAUCAGCGACUCACGGCAGAGCAGGAGUCAGUCCCCUUAAUAGGCCGACCUCCCCUAAAUCCUAGGACCCCUAACAAGUAUUUAGGACGCACACCAGAUUGCACUUUUACUGAGACAGGCACAGCGCGAGAGUUAAUAUGCAGGGUUUUCCUUAGUGUUAACCGGGGUCAUAUUCAUUAUGGCACAACGUAGCUAAAUGGUUUGCAACGGAAAACAAGUGUUUUUGUAUUGGACAAAUUCAGGUAGUCCCUCCUUUUUUCAGUCUGCUUUCUCCCGUUUGGGACCUAAUGAAUACAACUGUGUAGGGGGGUCUGAAAGUGUCUUGGAGUUGUUGUCACUUCCCGUGAGCGUGGAGGGGUUGCAGCGACACGGGAAACAGACGACAGGCUCCAGCCGAGGGAGAAAGGAUAUCCUGUAAUUGUUGGACGUGGUGAGCUUCUCUCGCAGCUGGACAGAACAGUGUGGAGCUACAGCCACACAUGGUUUGUAUUCAUUAGUGCACACCGUGGCAAAAUGUCUUGCUACGCAAAACAAAACAAGCAUUUAUUAAGUUCAGGGUGUCCCUUCCUGUUUCAGUCCAUUUUCAUUUGAUGCCUAAGGAAUGCACCCUUGAUAGAUGACGACAACGGCUCGCAACAAGAAACCGAUUGCUUCUGAUAGUGCCCCAAAUGAUAAGAAAACGUUGGUAUAGGUUGGUACAUGUCUGAACAAAAGAAUAGGCUUACGG